AUGAACUCGCUCUUUCGCACAAGGACGACUAGCUUCAUUCGACCCCAGCCCAUAUUCAGGCGCUUUCAGAGCACAGCGACAGAUGCUCUCCGACGCUCAUACCUCUAUGUCCCUGCAUCGACAGACAGGAUGCUCGACAAGUCACUCACAAACAAUUCCGAUAUGCUCAUAUAUGAUCUCGAGGACAGCGUUCCGCCUUCUCGGCAUGACAAGGAGUCCGCUAGGCAGAGGCUCGCUACGUUCCUCUCCACCACUUCAAAGGACAAGUUACCUCACCCGAAUCGCGUUGCCGUACGCGUCAAUGACCUGAGCACGCCCUUCUUCCAGGGUGACAUUGCUGAGCUCCUCAGGCUUCCCGCCAUCAGCACAGUCAUCUUGCCGAAGAUUCACUCCGCACAAGACCUUCAUCAUGUGUCGCGGGCCCUGUCAUUUGCCCGCGAAGGUACGUCCGAGCCUCUCCGAAUUGUCGCCAGUAUCGAGAGCGCUCGCGCCGCGUGGAACUUGGGAGAAAUCUCGGGCUGGCAAUCAGAGUAUGGAUCAGAACGAGGUGGCCAACUUGACUCUCUUCUUUUUGCAUCCGAGGAUUAUUGUGCCGACACGUCUGUUAUUCGGACGACCUCACGCCAGGAGCUUCUGUUUGUCCGGUCGCAGAUCGUUGUGGCUGCCAAGGCACAUCGGCUAGGAGCCAUUGAUAUGGUCUGCAUAAACUAUAAGGACAUCGACUACCUCAAAGACGAAUGUGAAGAUGGCCGGAAACUAGGAUUUACCGGAAAGCAAGCAAUCCAUCCUACUCAAGUAGACAUCAUCCAGUCCACAUUCGUGCCUACCGCCAAAGACAUCCUCCGGGCUGCAAAGAUCCUCCAUCAGAUGGACAUCUCACAUUCGAAUCAGAAAGGCGCAUUUGGUCUCGACAUGGAAGGCGGCGGGAGAGAAAUGAUCGACGCUCCCAUGCUAAAGCAGGCCGAGAGUACCAUCCGCCUGGCAAAAGCUGCCGGGUUGGACAUCCCAGACGUCAGCUCCCAGUGA